UCGACAAACACUGACAACAAAGUCAACAGGAAACAAGUCUUCAAUUGUAGGCUUUGUAACAGCUUUUUUGCAUUUGCGAAUACCCUCAAAACGGUUACAGAGUUGGGGAAAACACAACAAUUGCCGAUUCCUCUCAUUACCAUUUCUUUAUUACAUCUAUUAUUUUGUCAGAGUGGAAAGGUGUUUGUACAUGUUCUCACCUUCUCAAUUUUCCUUGUUUCUAUAUUUCCAUUUCUCAUAAUAAUACUUGUGCGAACGAAGAAAAAGAAGAAAAAGAAGAAAAAGAAGAAAAGAAGAACUUCUUCAGCAGCUUCAACAACCCAGCUUGUCUCUGGCUUUUCUUUUGCCUUUGUAUUCUAAAGUAAAGGAGAUUGGUGGAUCGUUUGUGAAAUUCGGGGAGAAACAGUGGUUUGGAGCAAAUUUCGAUUUGAGGUUUUGCAGAAUUGGUAGAUGUUGAGAAUUUAGUGGAAGAGGUAGAGGUGGUGGAGGUUUUUAUGGAUAAAUUAUGUUGCUUUAAUGCUGCCUAUUCUCAGUUAAUAGGAGGACGCUCGACAAGUGGCUCUGGUAAGGGGAGAAGCAAUCAGGGACCAAUCAAGUAUGGAUUUAGCCUCGUGAAAGGAAAAGCAAAUCAUCCCAUGGAAGAUUUUCAUGUUGCUAAGUUUGUUCAGAACAAAGGACAUGAACUUGGGCUGUUUGCUAUUUAUGAUGGUCAUUUGGGGGAUAGUGUACCGGCGUACUUACAAAAGCAUUUGUUUUCCAAUAUCCUAAAGGAGGAAGAGUUUUGGACUGAUCCCAAUAGAUCGAUUUCAAAAGCAUAUGAGAGGACUGACCAAUCAAUUCUUUCCCAUAGUCCUGACCUUGGACGUGGUGGAUCUACUGCUGUUACUGCAAUUGUCAUAAAUGGUCGAAAGUUAUGGAUAGCUAAUGUUGGAGACUCACGGGCAGUUCUUUCAAGAGGGGGACAGGCAAUACAGAUGUCUACAGACCAUGAGCCCAACACUGAAAGAGGCAGCAUUGAGAACAGAGGUGGCUUUGUGUCAAACAUGCCAGGGGAUGUCCCUAGAGUAAAUGGCCAGUUGGCUGUUUCGCGUGCGUUUGGAGAUAAGAGCCUAAAAUCACACUUGCGGUCAGAUCCCGACAUACAAAAUGCAGAUAUUGAUAGCAAUACUGAUCUUCUCAUCCUUGCAAGUGAUGGACUCUGGAAGGUAAUGAGUAAUCAGGAGGCAGUUGAUAUUGCAAGAAAGAUCAAGGACCCACAGAGGGCGGCUAAGCAGCUGACAGCCGAAGCAGUAAAUAGGGACAGUAAAGAUGACAUAUCUUGUGUUGUUGUUCGGUUUAGGGGGUAAAGCAUGAGAGAGUUAUUAAACCCUGGCUGCGAUAUAUACCUUAGGAAUUGUUUCCGUGGAUACCAAUCUAUAGAUCAACCGCAAUUAUGGAAUCGUUCUGAAUAGGGUGGUCACCAUGAAAACCCAGCAUAAGUGUGGAAUUACUCCACAGGAAGGUGUUAUUACUCUCCUUCCCAUUUCCUUUCCUCCGUCUCUUGUAUAUUUUUAUUCUCCUAGGUUGUGUGGCUUGAUAGUGUUUGAUUUCUUCUGAGAUAUGUUAGUAAUCUGGUGUAUACCAUCAGUUCCCCCCCCCCUCCCUCUCUUUGGGUAAAUUUUUUAAUCUGCAAAGGACUGCAGAACUGUGUGUAGUGGACACGCAGGAUUCUUUUCAAUUAAUGAAUGAAAAGUAUGGUUUCGUUGUUCA